AUGCCUACAGAAUUCAUCAGCUUGACGUUCCCCAACUCGGCCACUGAGAUCAACGAAGGCCCCAAUCCUACUGAUAUUGAUCCUCAAUAUCUUGUACGAUAUGCCAAAACUCUUGAUGACUAUGGCUUCAACUACACACUCAUACCAUAUGGCUCAGGCGGUUUUGAUCCCUUUACCAUUGGUGCCACUAUAGCCGCAGUGACUAAGAACAUCAGCGUCAUAAUCGCACUACGCCCAAACACAAUGUUUCCCACAGUUGCAGCCAAGGCUCUCGCAACCCUGGAUCAACUGAGUCAAGGUCGCGUUGUAGUACAUUUCAUCGCUGGCGGAAGUGACGCUGAGCAGGCCAAGGAAGGUGAUUUCUUGACCAAGGAAGAGCGUUACGGGCGUCUUGAAGACUACAUCAAGAUUCUACGACGUGCCUGGCAAUCGAAGGAGCCGUUUGAUUGGGAUAGCAAGUACUACAAGUUCAAGCAGUUUAGCAACCAGGUCGGCCCAACCAAGGGUACCAUUCCUGUAUCUGUCGGUGGCUCGUCAGACGAAGCCUACCGUGUCGGAGGAUCUUUAGCCGAUAUCUUCGGCCUUUGGGGAGAGCCUCUUAAGGAGACCAAGGACCAAAUUACUCGUAUCUAUGCUGAAGCUGAGAAAGCUGGCCGAACAGACAAACCAAGAAUUUGGGUGACGUUCCGCCCGAUUAUUGCGGAGACGGAUGAGCUUGCGUGGCAAAAGGCUUACAAGACACUUGAUGCCUUGAAAGCCAAUUCUGGCAAGCAAACCUCAAACAUUGCACCAACGGUUGCGCAACCACAAAACGUUGGAUCGCAACGUCUGUUGGAUAUUGCUUCUCGAGGAGAAGUCCAGGAUCGUGCACUUUGGUACCCCACCGUCACCGCAACCAACGCGCGAGGAGCAUCAACCGCGCUUGUCGGAUCGCCACAAACUCUGUCAGACUCCAUUUUAGACUAUGUUGACCUCGGCUGCGAGCUGAUCUCCAUCCGAGGUUACGACAACUACCAUGAUGCAGUUGACUAUGGCCGUUAUAUCUUGCCAAGAGUACGAAAGGAACUUGAGAAGCGAGAGAAGGGAGAGACCGUGCCUAAUAGUAACGCACAGACUGAAGGCGUGGCUCCGGCUGAGAGCGGAUAG